GGGAGAUAUUAUGAGGCUGGUGUCAUUAGGCGAUAGCUAUUGAAUCAUUCAAUCUUUACUCGUCGUUUCUUUUCCUUGAUAAUUUUCUUUCUCUCUCAGGUCAUUCCAUGGUUUUCAGAUCCCCUUUAGAGCUUUAUCCCUCCCAUUUCUUCCUGCCAAACUUCGCUGAUCGCCCUUUGCUCUUGGCGAGCAGCGCUCCCACCGCCAGGUCUCCCGAAGACUUGUCAAUGUUUCAGCUACCGACCCUCAACUUCUCUCCGGAGCAAGUGGCGAGCGUCUGCGAGACGCUGGAAGAAACCGGAGAUAUCGAGCGACUGGGACGGUUCCUAUGGUCUCUGCCGGUGGCACCGGGUGCGUGCGAGGCGAUCAACAAGCAUGAGUCCAUCCUGCGAGCUCGCGCCGUCGUCGCCUUCCACACGGGGAAUUUCCGAGACCUGUAUCACAUCUUGGAGAACCACAAGUUUACCAAGGACUCCCACGGCAAACUGCAGGCCAUGUGGCUAGAAGCGCACUACCAGGAGGCCGAGAAGCUGCGCGGUCGCCCCCUAGGACCGGUUGAUAAGUACAGGGUGCGGAAGAAGUUCCCCCUGCCCAGGACCAUCUGGGACGGCGAGCAGAAGACCCACUGUUUCAAAGAGCGGACACGCAGCCUCUUAAGGGAGUGGUACCUCCAGGACCCCUACCCGAAUCCAAGCAAGAAAAGGGAACUGGCUCAAGCUACUGGACUCACUCCUACACAAGUGGGGAAUUGGUUUAAAAAUCGGAGGCAAAGAGACAGAGCCGCGGCAGCUAAAAACAGGCUUCAGCACCAAGCAAUAGGACAGAAUGGCAUGCGAUCUCUGUCAGAAUCCGGGUGCACCCCGCACAGCUCGGCAGAAUCGCCAUCAACCGCGGCCAGUCCGACUACCAGCGUUUCAAGUAUGGCAGAGCGAGUCGAAACCGGCACGUCCAUUCUCUCAGUAACAUCCAGUGACUCAGAAUGCGAUGUAUGAUACAAAAAAGACAAAUAUUUACAGGGAAUAUGGACCUGAAAAAAAAGACUAUGAAAU